AUGAUUCUCGAAGCAUUGGGCUUGCUCGCCCUCGCCUACCUAGCAUGGAGCAUGGUGACGAUGGAAAUCAACUACCGUCGUGCUUCCAGCAUGGGGAUCCCCUUGGUGCGCCUUUAUAUCGACCCUCAAAAUGUCCUCUGGAUGGUCUUCGAACCCAUUAUCUGGCCUUGGCUGAACAAACUCCCUAUCAAUUGGCGCAAUUACAGCUUCGGUCGCUACUCGCGCCGGGGCUGGUACUUUGCCGAUCGCGGCGAGUCUCAUAAACGCUACGGUCCCAUGUGGGCGCUGGUCACCCCUCGCGAUAUCUACAUCAACGUCGCCGAUCCAAAUGCAAUUCAUGAUAUUUUCCAGCGGCGUACGGACUUCAUCCGACCCAGUCAAAUGUACAAGGUACUGGAGGUGUACGGACCAUGCAUCUCGACAGCAAGUUGGAAUGAUUGGCCCCGGCACCGAAAGGUCCUAGCCACGCCGUUCAACGAAAACGCCAUGUCCUUUGUGUGGGAUGAGAGUGUAGAACAGACACGCCAAAUGCUGCAGGUUUGGGACUCUUCUGCGGAUGGUCACAUUCCUAGUGUUGCAAAGGAUCCGCGGACCCUCUCGUUGAACGUCCUCGCCGCCACGGGAUUCCGCAAGUCGUUCCCUUUCCAGAGUGCCAAAGAUCACCAAGUGAAGUCCGAAUCCCCUGCCACUUCGGAAGAUGAAUCAGAGGGAUAUCGCGACGCGCUUCAGACCGUGCUGGAUAACUGUAUCCUCCUGAUGGUGAUGCCUCGCAAACUACUCACUCUGCCUUUUGCACCCGAGUCAUGGCAUCAUCUUGGCAAAGCAGCCACCGAUUUCAAGAACUAUAUGGUCCAAAUGCUGAACGAAGAAACCAAAGCAUUGAACACCGGAAGUGCGGGGAGCGGAGGCCUGAUGACUUCAUUUGUUCGCGCCAUGGACCUGAAGCAGAAGGUGGAUGGGGAGGGAAAAACAAAGACAAGUGGCUCACCACCCAAAGGGCUGACGGUGGAUGAGAUUUUCGGGAACAUCUUCGUUAUCAACUUUGCAGGGCAUGAUACAACCGCCAAUACCUUGAGCUUUGGCUUGCUUCUACUUGCCGCGUAUCCAGAAGUUCAAGACUGGGUGGCUGAGGAGCUAGACGGGCUUGAUGAAGACAAUAUCAAGGAGCACUACGGUGAACUGUUCCCACGGCUGCUUCGUUGUCGCGCUGUCUUGCUCGAAACCCUCCGCCUCUUCCCGCCAAUUGUAUCCCUCCCGAAAUGGACCAACGACGAGCCCCAAUCACUCAGACUGGGCGACAGAGACAUCAUGAUCCCUCCUCACGUUGGAGUCCACCCCAGUCUUCUUGACAUGCACAUCCAUCCCCAAUAUUGGGAGGACCCCUUGACAUGGAAGCCGUUCCGCUGGAUAACCAAAUCUGCCUCUGGCGAUGCCUCGGAGGCAAUCAUCACCCCAUCCCGCUCUACUUAUUUCCCAUGGUCGGACGGACCUCAAAACUGCCCCGGGAACAAGUUUUCCCAAGUUGAAUUUGUGGCUGUCAUGGCGGCUCUCCUCCGGAGUCAUCGGGUGCACCCAGUUGCCAACCCUGGCGAAAGCCCCAAGGAGACACGCGCGAGGGUCUUGGCGACCACGCAAGACGUGGAUUUGCAAUUGCUCCUGCGCAUGACGAACGCUGAUCAGGUACGUUUGGCGUGUUCUCGGGUGGCCUAA